AAUAUACUUUCAGUACUUGUGGACUUGAGAGUUUGCAAUAAUCGUGUAGUGAAAAAAAAUACAAGUUGCUCAUUUCAUCCCUCUUCUCAUUAUGUGCCAAGGAAAAACUGGAGGAAAUCACGAGUGGAAGAACUUAGAUGAGAAGGACUAGUUGAAAAAUCGGUUUUGCUGAGCCUACAGAGAAAAUCAUAGACUGAAAUGUGGACAAAUGGAUUACAUUCGAGUCGCUGCACCCCUGAAAGCGACUUGACAUUUUCCACCUUCUCUGGCCAAGCAGUGGGCGGAAUUGGCAACAUGAGCGUCACCGGAAUGUCAUCAUAUCUCAACUUCAAGGGUCAUCAUCACGCCAGUCCGUACCAAAUGGGACUUAUGGACACUUUCCAUUCCAUGGGAUAUCCGCCGGGCAAUCAUCCGAGGAAGCAAAGAAGGGAGAGAACAACGUUUUCCCGAGCUCAACUGGACAUCCUGGAGUCACUGUUUGGCCGAACUCGUUAUCCAGACAUCUUCAUGCGGGAAGAAGUGGCGCUUAAGAUCAAUUUGCCCGAGUCGAGGGUUCAGGUCUGGUUCAAAAAUCGACGAGCCAAGUGUCGACAGCAACAGAAGCAGAAUCAACAGACGAAUCUCCUUACCACAAUCACCAAUAUAGCAGUAUCAAAUGGUGCAGAAUCGACACGAGUGAAGAAGUCUCACGUUGGAAAAAUCACUAAGACCCCUCCAGUGACUAAAGUGGCCACAAGUAGUGUUAAGAACACAACAAGCUCUUCAGAGACAGUCCCAAAUCCCACCAAUGAAUCGUCAACAUCGAGUAAAUUAACGAGUCACAGUCAAUUCCUUCUCACGAGCUCACCAGGACACUUCACGACCACCACUUCCACUAAUGGGAGCUUCAUUUGGUCGCCGGCAGCCUCCAACCCCUGUCAAGUGUCGUCCAUUGGCAACGUUGCGAACUCAUAUCAGAACUACUCGCCCUACUAUUCAACUGUCGACUACUUGGGAGCUUCGUCUCAGCAAAUGGAAAACUCGUGGCUUUACGGAUCCAAUUGGGAGUCGCAUCAGCACAAAAACUGUAUCAAUAAAUUUAUGUAGAAACAG